CAUUCUUUGUCUGCUACAACAAUGUAACGACAUGCUGCUCACAGUUUUUCCUAUUCUGCUUUACUACCAAGCAUUUCUGGAAUGUCAUGCAUUGGAAUGCUUCAGUUGUCAGCAACUUAAUGAUGUUAACAACUGCAACACGACUAUUCAGUGUAAUGAUGGAGAGUCAUGCGUCCUUGAUUCCUACGUACAUACUGAUGGUACACAUCGAUUCAACAUGGGAUGUCUUGUUAAUCAGAGAUGUGGAGCCUCAGGAUCGCCUUUAGCACCAGUAGUGGGUAAAAGACAAAUAAACAACUGCCACGAAUGUUGUUCAACAGAUCGUUGCAACUCAGGCAUGUGUUCACAUCUAAAACCAAGUAAUUGUGUUGAUGAUGAAAGUGUAGACUGUGCAAGACUUCAUUCACUGCUUGACGUUUGUAAUGAUGUACAACAUGCAAAGCUGAUAUGCCCAAAGUUCUGUGGUUUAUGUAAUGUCGUUGACGGAAAUUGGGCACUGUGGUCAAGCUGGGCAUCAUGUGACGUUACAUGUGAAAACGGUACUCGGCUGCGAACUCGAACUUGCACGAAUCCGGCGCCCGCGCAUGGAGGAGCUAACUGUAUUGGAACUGGAACAGAUAAGAAAGAAUGUCAUAAAGAGUUAUGUCCAGUUCACGGCGGUUGGAGCGACUGGUCACAUUGGGGAGAAUGUUCUGCCACAUGUGAUUUUGGCAUGCAGAGGCGUGACCGUUCUUGCUCUAACCCUUAUCCGUCAAGAUUUGGAGACAAUUGCUAUGGCGAGUCAAGAGACGACAGAUUUUGUAUGCCAGGACCGUGUGCAAACGGUGGAUGGUCAGACUGGACAGGCUGGGGCAGUUGCACUGCUACUUGUGGACCAGGACUGAGAAAAAGACACAGAAGAUGUGACAAUCCUAUAAGAUCACCGAUGGGACAAGAUUGCCAAGGAUCGCAUGAAGACGUAGAUAUGUGUUCAUUGCAACCUUGCCAUGCUACCAUUUCCGCCUUUUCAGUUAACCAUCCGCACAAUUUUACCACUAAAUUAACAUUUUCCCACACAAUAUAUCAGAUUGGUGGAGACUUCGACCCGUCGACUGGAACCUUCACCUGCUCUGUGCCAGGAACCUAUCAUUUCUCUGUCAAUCUUGUUAAAGAUUACCAUGCGAGUUACGUCUAUUGUUACAUGAAAAAGAACACUUCAAAUUUAGUCUAUAUACAAGUCAACCCGGAUGGUGAGGGAGAAAGUGGAGAGUCAGCUGUUUCACAAUCAACAAUAACGCAUCUCAAUAAAGGAGAUACUGUGUAUCUAGGUACAUGUACGAGCACUAGCUAUAUGGGUACCUGGUCUUCUUUUACUGGAUUUUUGUUGUACCCCGAUAAUUGAAUACUUGAAUAUAUACUGUUACAGUACUUUUCCG